AUGAUAAAAGUCAACGAUUUAAUAAAACAUUAUCCAGAGAAGCGCAAAUUAAACACUCCGGAGUUAACAAGAGUAUCACAGCGAGCGGUUGAAAAGCAAGUGAUGGAAAAAAGCAACGAGCGACAGGUCCACGGGGUGAAUUACGUUCGUCCAUUUGGUGAUCUUCCUCGUGAAGGUGACACUGUUGGAGAUGGUUCUGGGCUACAGCCGUUACUGCUACCGCGUCGGCUUCCUGCUCCCGUUUUCAGACGAACCAUCAUAUUUACCUCAAAGACAAUUCACUCGUGUCCGUUGAUUCACGGGACAUUAAAUAAGCCAGUGGCCAUGAAAUCCACGAACUUCUAG